UACUCGCGCGCUUGCUUCCUCAAGAUGGCGGCGUCCAAGGACGGUUGUGGCUCCGGAGAAGUGGCUAUGGGGAAUGGGCGGCGGCUCCACCUGGGAAUUCCUGAGGCUGUGUUUGUGGAAGAUGUAGACGCAUUUAUGAAACAGCCUGGGAAUGAGACUGCAGAUACAGUACUAAAGAAGCUGGAUGAACAGUACCAGAAGUAUAAGUUUAUGGAACUGAAUCUUGCUCAAAAGAAACGGAGACUAAAAGGUCAGAUUCCUGAAAUCAAACAGACUUUGGAAAUUCUAAAAUACAUGCAGAAGAAAAAAGAGUCCACCACUUCACUGGAAACCAGAUUCUUGCUGGCAGAUAACCUGUACUGCAAAGCUUCGGUUCCUCCUACUGAUAAAGUGUGUUUGUGGUUGGGGGCUAAUGUAAUGCUUGAGUACGAUAUUGAUGAAGCUCAGGCUUUGUUGGAAAAGAAUUUAUCAACUGCCACGAAGAACCUUGAUUCUCUUGAGGAAGACCUUGACUUUCUUCGAGAUCAAUUUACUACAACAGAAGUCAAUAUGGCCAGAGUUUAUAAUUGGGAUGUCAAAAGAAGAAAUAAAGAUGAUUCUACCAAGAGCAAAGAAUAAUACUAGCUGGCAAUUAAAAAUGUGACUCAGUUUUCCAAACGUGUAAUGUUAAAAUUCCCCAGCAUUUUUCCUUCAAGAUUGACAUAACUUUGAGUGUUUUUUUAACAAGAAUGAUUAAAACUUUAAAAACCCCACCAUUUUAUUUAUUUAUAAAAACAGAAUUAGUCUCAAAUACUUUAUGAAAUUAACAGUAUUUUUUCACAUUCCAAGUGAAAUUAAUAGUGCUUUCCUCUUUUGUUUUCCAUCAGUUAUAAAAGCAACUCCUAACUGAAAUCAGAGGAAAACUGUGAGGUAUGCUAUAGAAGCUGAAUGCUGGGCAUUAGCACACUUUACUUCUUAUUGACUUAUGUGGUUAAACCAUUUUCAAGGUAGAAAAGACAGUUUCAGUAUUUGUAAGCUUAUUUUUUUAGUACUUGUAGGACUUUAUAGUCCUCUGUUCCUGUUGUCUCCUGUCAUUGGGGUUUUGUGAGGUACUGCUUGACCAAUAACUAUUACGAUAUCCUGAACUUUCAGCAACUGCUAAUUUGCCUUCCUACAUAGUAAGAGGGCUCCUGCUACAACACUUCUAACACUUCUACACAGUGUCUUUCCAGUGCCAGAAUAAGGGAGAUCUUGGCCAAUGUGAAGUAGUACUACACGUGUGAAACCCUUAGCUAAGGAAUUUUAUAUUUCUUAACAGUUCUCUAACAUAAUAUUAAGAUAAGUGUAAAUCUGCAGUGGUUAAAUAAAAUUGUGAGCCUUUUUAUUCAUGAUAAACCUGCAUAGGAAUAGCAAAAAGAAAAAAAUCCCUGUGGAAAGCCAUUGGUACAGUGGCAAAUACUGGGUAGUACAGAUUGGAGUAAAAACACAAAUGUAUUAUUCCAUCUCUGUGUAGUAAAAAAUAUACUUGUACAAUGUUUUGUACUUGUAUUUUGUGUUAUUAAAGCAAAAUAGUG